UAUAGGGCAGAUACUACACUAUAGCUAAAUAUAUCCUUUCAUCCAUAUGAUAAAAGACUAACAGUUUUGGAGUGAUGGACAAGGUUCAAAGUUCUUUCACCUUUCUAGUUUUGUUUUUAAUGGAAUGCCCACUUCUUUUAUGCUUGCCUUAUGGAGCUCUGAGACCUACUAUGCCCAAGCAAUUCCCAGGGCAUAAUGGUAGUAGGAAAGGUGAUACACGUAACCGUAUAAAGAACAACCAGAGUUUUAUUGCACACUCAACACCCACGAACACCGACACCUGGAAUGCAGCACUGAUUUCGCACAGACCUGCUCUUGUUCAAGUAAUUAUAAUUGCGUGUGUAGCCUUUACCAUUGCCCUGAUAUGUGGAAUCGCUAUUUCCUAUGUGAUAUAUCGGCUGGUCCAGGCUGAGGAAAGACAGCAGCUGGUGUGGCUUUAUAACAAUGUCAGGAUACCAUUCCUGGGAGAUGGUGAUGACGGUGUCAAUGAUGACAAAGAGGCCUCGGAGGAUGGGAGCCUGGAUGAGUCCACCUCCCUACUUCCAGAGAAUGAGGAGGAGCUGGAAAAGUUCAUUCACUCAGUUAUUAGAUCCAAAAGAAGAGAGUAUAUGGUAAACAAGAGAUUGAAGAAAGAACAAGAUUUAUUAAUGGAAACAAAAAUAGGGAAUUCUAUGCACAGUAUAUUCUCAGAGGAUCUAUGAGAGCAAACGGAAGAGAUGCAGGAUGUGCUAGCCAGUGUGGAGCCAACAGU